GAGAGAGAGACGUCUGUGUUGGUAAGAAGCGAUUCAUCGGGUACGACACCUCACCAAACCACACGACACUCCCUUCCCUUCCCCAAUUUUCCUUUCCUUUUUUUCUUUCUCCUUCUCUCCCUUAUCUGAUUAGGGUUCCAUUUUCUCUCUCUAUCUGAUGCCCCUUUCUCUCUCUAAACUCUACGAAAUUCCUCCUGAGAAAUUAAGCUCAGAAGGUCCUGCAUUACGGGUAGGGAUUAUAAAUUUGUAGGAGGGUGUAGGUGUAGAUUAUGGUGGGAACAUCAAGCUCAGACGAAGGUGCAGGGCAUCCAGAGCCUCUUGAUCCCGAUGUGCUUGAAAUUGAUCCUACCGGUCGCUACAUUAAGUAUAAAGAAAUGAUCGGCAAAGGAGCUUUCAAGACUGUUUACAGGGCAUUUGAUGAAGUCAAUGGACUCGAAGUUGCUUGGAGCCAGGUUCGGAUUGAUGAAGUACUACAGUCACCAGAUGACUUAGAGAGGCUGUACUCGGAGGUGCAUCUCUUGAGGUCAUUGAAACACAAUAACAUAGUAAGGUUCUACAAUUCUUGGAUUGACGACAAACACAGGACAGUUAACAUGAUUACAGAGCUUUUCACCUCGGGGAGCCUCAGACAGUAUUGUAAGAGACACAAGAAGAUCAACAUUAAGGCUAUUAAGGGAUGGGCAAGACAAAUUUUAAUGGGUUUAAGCUACCUCCAUAAUCACAGCCCUCCAAUUAUACAUAGGGACCUGAAAUGUGAUAAUAUAUUUAUAAACGGUCACCAAGGAGAAGUGAAAAUUGGAGAUCUGGGAUUAGCAACUCUCUUGAAAGAGGGUAAUGCUAAGAGCGUAAUUGGAACUCCGGAGUUUAUGGCACCUGAACUGUAUGAUGAAAGUUACAAUGAGCUAGUUGACAUAUAUUCUUUCGGGAUGUGCAUGCUUGAGUUGGUGACUUCUGAGUAUCCCUACAGUGAAUGUAGAAACUCAGCUCAGAUAUUCAAGAAAGUUUCAACUGGUGUAAAGCCCUUUGGUCUUUCUAAAGUCAAAGAUCCAGAUGUAAAAUCAUUUAUUGAGAAAUGCCUUGUCCCUGCAUCUCAAAGAUUGUCAGCUAAGGAGCUUCUCAUGGAUCCUUUUCUCCAAGCCAAUGGUUCAGUAACAAAUCGUCCUCUUCCAUUACCAGAUAUUGUUCUUCCCAAAUUUGGAGCCUUUGAAAAUCGUUGCCUGAUGUCAGAAGGUCCUGCUAGUGCACGCAUAGGAUCCAUUCCCAUGGAUCCUGGUGGUACCAAUGAGCUACCAGUGACUGCUGUAUUUUAUAAUAAUAAUGGUGAUGAUGGAACACCUUCUCCAUGUGUUGAGAUACGAAGGCAGAAGGGAAGUGAUAUUUUCUUUCUGAGAGGCGAAGAAAAUGAUGAGAAUUCAGUGUCUUUAGUUCUCCGAAUAGCUGAUCAGAGUGGGCGGGCAAGGAAUAUCCAUUUCAUAUUUUACCUCAGCAGUGACACAGCCAUCUCAGUUUCAACGGAAAUGGUUGAGCAACUUGAUCUUGCUCAGCAGAAUGUUAAAUUCAUAGCUGAGAUAAUUGACUUGUUAUUGAUGACUUUGGUUCCUGAUUGGAAACCUUGUGUACCGGUUGAUCAUCUGGCUUCUCCAAAUGUUAGAUGGCCACACUCGAGCCAACAGAACAGCUCUGGGUUUUCAAUGUUCAAAAAUAGUUCGGAAGGUGGUAGCCAAACUGCAAAUAAAAAUGCAGGUACAACAUUGAUUUCAAGGUCAGCACAAAGAGGAAACAAUGAGAAUACAACUUUUCACAAGGCAUGGUCUCAAGCAAGCAUUGGUCUUCAAGAAGGAACAAUGGCAGAUGAUUUGCGUUCCGAGAUGUCGUAUACUUCUGCAACGUCUAACUUAGCCGGCAAGAAUUUGUCCAUGGUUUCAUUGGCUUCAUUGGUGUCUGCUAACUCAGAAUUUGCAGACUUGGGUCUUACUAGGACAAUCGGAGGUAGUCAAUCCUCGUUUGAUUAUGAAACUGAGGUAUCACAUGACAUGGAAAGUGAUGGUAUGAUGAACUCCUCCUCCACUCAUCCCCCCGUUGUUUCUUCCGUGUCUGAACCUCAGGAUGAGUUAAGAAUAGAGUUAGCAAAGGUUGAACAGCAAUACCAAGAUGCAAUUAAAGAUUUAUCAGAAAGGAGAUACCUUGCCAUAAUGGAAACUAGGAAGAGGCUGGCGCAAAAGAUGCCAUUAUAGAAAUCACUUCAGAGUUCACUAAUCCUUUUUUAUAGUUGACGUUUGUGUCUCGUCAUUCUUUUUCCUUCCUUGGAGGUUACAAGUGUAAAUAGUACGUUCUAUAUGAAACUAAUUCACUUAUUAGUCUUAUCAUUGAUUAAUAAUAAUCGCUAA